GAUGGUGUGUCACAUCUCCAACGCCGCUCGAUGUUGUUGCAUUGUGUUUUUGCUUUUGAAUUGGGCGGUUGUCUCGCGCGUCGAUCGCAGUUUCAAAAUCGGUGUGCCUUCGCAGUUUCGUUGCAAGCCGACAAUAAAGGCGAUCAAAGUGAAGGAAAAUACGUUUUGCGAUCUUUUUAUUUAAAAUAAUUCGCCAAAGUGUACAAGUUCACAACGAUAUACCAUCGAGAAGUGCCUUUUUACCAAAAGUCGUUGGUAACACACGUACCAACGCGGCGGACCGAACCACACGCACACAAAUGCGCGCGCUUGGCAGUGUGCGUGUAACUACUUUUUUACCUGGUCUUACCUGUUUGCGGAGCGAAAGAGAGAGGGCAACAGAUACGGAGAAAGAGAGUGCCAAAGGGGACGAGUGAAAGAUAAAAGUGAACGAAAUAUCAGGCAGAGCAGCUGCACCGAAAUCGGAAUCAGUCAGUUUACAAUCAGGGCGCGCACUGUACGAAUUCGAUUGAUAAUUAUUGAGCGGUUGCCAUGAAAAUGCAGUCCAAACAAACGGAACACUGAGAGAAACGCAACAAGAAGAAGAGUGCAAAUAGAAUAGAAUAGAAAAGAAGUGGAAGUAGAAGUAGAUGUGGGCAACACAAACAAAAGUAAAAGGUGUGUGUGAGUGAAAUAAUACUGGGUGAUUUACAAAGAAGUGCUCAAAAGUGUUGCGGUUGAAACAAAGAGAGUCUGCGAUGGCGGAUCGCCGCUAGAGAGUAUGUCCACCAGUGUCCAGCGAAUGUCCAGAAGCCACCACUGCAUCAACAUGACGCCGACCCAGCAGGCCGGCCACCUAAAUCCCGCCCAGCAACAGACGCACCAGCAGCACAAGCGAAAAUGUCGCGACCUCGGCAGGCGACUAAUCCCCGCGAGACUCCUCCUGGGCGUCCUUGUGGCCAUCAGCCUUCUGUCACCCGCCCUCGCACUGCACUCGUUGCUGGACAAGAACUUCUCCGGCGACAAUCGCAAGCCCGCCUUCAAGAACUGCGCCGGAUACGCUCCAAAAGUUAAGGAGGAGCAGCCGGAGAACACCUACGUGCUCACCGUCGAGGCCGUCGACCCCGAUCCCGACCAGGUCAUUCGUUACAGCCUCGUCCAGUCGCCGUUCGAGCGGCCCAAGUUCUUCAUUAAUCCCAGCACGGGCGUCAUCUUCACCACGCACACCUUCGAUCGCGACGAGCCGAUCCACGAGAAGUUCGUCUUCGUCACCGUCCAGGCCACGGAUAAUGGUCUGCCCCCCCUGGACGACGUUUGCACCUUCAACGUUACCAUCGAGGACAUCAACGACAAUGCACCCGCCUUCAACAAGGCGCGCUAUGACGAGUCCAUGUCGGAAAAUGCCCAGCCCGACGCGGUGGUGAUGACUAUCAGCGCCAGUGACUUCGACGAUGGUAACAACAGUCUGGUCGAGUACGAGAUUCUGCGGGAGCGCGACUUCCAGUACUUCAAGAUUGACAAGGAGUCGGGCAUUAUCUACCUGAAACGAUCGAUUGACAAGCGACCCGGCCAAUCGUACGCGAUAAUUGUGCGGGCAUAUAACGUAGUUCCAGAUCCGCCGCAGGAUGCGCAGAUCGAAGUUCGCAUCCGGGUGGUGGAGUCCUCAAUUAAGCCGCCAUCAUUCGUAAAUCCCAUCGAUACACCCAUUUACCUGAAGGAGAAUCUUAAGAACUUUACACAUCCGAUCGCCACAUUACGAGCAGUUUCCAAUAUGCCGGACAAGCCGGAGGUCAUCUUCGAAUUGAACACCGGUCGCACAGAGCAGACAAACAGCAAGAACACAUUCGUGUUCAAUCAGAUCGGCAAUGAGGUGACCAUUAGCCUGGGCAAGACCCUGGACUACGAGGCCAUCACGGACUACACCCUCACCAUGAUUGUGCGAAAUACACACGAACUGGGCACAGAACAUCAGAUCAAGAUUCAGGUGGAGGAUGUCAACGAUAAUAUCCCCUACUACACUGAGGUUAAAUCGGGCACUAUCCUGGAGAACGAGCCACCCGGCACGCCAGUUAUGCAGGUGCGUGCCUUCGACAUGGACGGCACCUCGGCCAAUAAUAUUGUGUCCUUUGAGCUGGCCGACAAUCGGGAGUACUUCACCAUCGACCCUAAUACGGGCAACAUUACCGCCCUGACCACAUUCGAUCGCGAGGAGCGCGAUUUCUACAACGUAAAGGUUAUUGCCAGCGACAAUUCGCCAUCGAGUCUGUUUGACAAUGGCGAGCCGAACCGUGGCCACCAAGUAUUCCGCAUCUCCAUUGGUGACAAGAACGACCACAAGCCGCACUUCCAGCAGGACAAAUAUCUGGCGGAAAGGCUGCUCGAGGAUGCCAAUACCAAUACCGAAGUAAUUGAGGUAAAGGCCGAGGACGAGGACAACGCAUCUCAGAUCCUGUACAGCAUUGAAAGUGGUAACGUGGGUGAUGCCUUCAAGAUCGGCCUCAAGACUGGCAAAAUCACGGUCAACCAGAAGUUGGACUACGAAACAAUCACGGAGUACGAGCUGAAGGUGCGUGCCUUUGAUGGAAUCUACGACGACUACACCACGGUGGUUAUCAAAAUUGAAGACGUGAACGACAACCCACCGGUUUUCAAGAAGGACUACAGCGUCACUAUCCUGGAGGAGACCACAUACGACGACUGCAUCCUCACGGUCGAAGCCUACGAUCCGGACAUCAAGGAUCGCAACGCAGAUCAGCAUAUCGUCUAUUCGAUUCACCAGAACGAUGGAAAUCGGUGGACCAUUGACAACAGUGGCUGCCUGCGUUUGGUCAAGACGCUGGACCGCGAUCCGCCCAAUGGUCACAAGAACUGGCAGGUUCUGAUCAAGGCCAAUGAUGAGGAUGGAGUAGGAACCACGGUCAGCACAGUGAAAGAGGUCACUGUCACGUUGAAGGACAUAAACGACAACGCUCCCUUCCUGAUCAACGAAAUGCCUGUCUACUGGACGGAGAACCGCAAUCCCGGCCAUGUUGUGCAGCUACAGGCCAACGACUACGACGAUACUCCGGGGGCAGGUAACUUCACCUUCGGCAUCGACAGCGAAGCCACACCGGACAUCAAGACCAAGUUCAGCAUGGAUGGCGACUAUUUGCACGCCAACGUCCAGUUCGAUCGGGAGGCCCAAAAGGAGUACUUCAUCCCCAUCCGCAUAAGUGAUUCUGGCGUUCCGCGACAGAGUGCCGUGAGCAUUCUGCACUUGGUAAUCGGCGAUGUUAACGACAAUGCCAUGAGCGAGGGAUCGUCGCGCAUCUUCAUUUACAAUUACAAGGGAGAAGCGCCGGAAACCGAUAUUGGUCGCGUGUUCGUAGAUGACCUGGAUGACUGGGAUUUGGAUGACAAGUACUUUGAAUGGAAGGAUCUUCCGCACGAUCAGUUCAGGCUUAAUCCAAGCACAGGAAUGAUCACCAUGCUGGUUCACACCGCCGAGGGAGAGUACGACCUGUCGUUCGUAGUGACCGAGGAUUCCAUGUUCGUGCCCCGUCACUCCGUAGAUGCUUAUGUCACCGUGGUGGUCCGAGAGCUCCCCGAGGAGGCGGUGGACAAGAGCGGCAGCAUCCGAUUCAUCAACGUAACCAAGGAGGAGUUUAUCAGUGUGCCGCGCGACUUCCAGUCACCAGAUGCCCUUUCCCUAAAGGAUCGGCUGCAGCUCUCGCUGUCCAAGCUUUUUAAUACGUCGGUAUCCAACGUGGACGUGUUCACUGUGCUCCAAAACGAGAAUCAUACGCUCGAUGUGCGCUUCUCCGCCCACGGCUCACCCUACUAUGCUCCGGAGAAACUAAAUGGAAUAGUGGCCCAAAAUCAGCAGCAUUUGGAGAACGAACUAGAUCUGCAGAUGCUGAUGGUGAACAUUGACGAGUGUCUGAUUGAGAAGUUCAAGUGCGAGGAAUCCUGCACCAAUGAGCUGCACAAGAGCUCGGUGCCUUACAUGAUAUACUCGAAUACAACAUCGUUUGUGGGCGUGAAUGCCUUCGUUCAAGCGCAAUGCGUUUGCGAGGCUCCAUUAAUGAGGCGCUGUCUGAACGGAGGAUCUCCGCGGUACGGGGAGAACGACGUGUGUGACUGCAUAGACGGAUUCACCGGACCCCACUGCGAACUCGUCUCCGUGGCAUUCUACGGCUCUGGAUAUGCAUUCUACGAACCAAUUGCCGCCUGCAACAACACCAAGAUUAGCCUGGAGAUCACGCCCCAGAUCGACCAGGGCCUGAUCAUGUACUUGGGACCACUAAACUUCAAUCCGCUGCUGGCCAUCUCUGAUUUCCUAGCUUUGGAGUUGGACAAUGGCUAUCCGGUGCUGACUGUGGACUACGGAUCGGGUGCCAUCCGCAUCCGCCAUCAGCACAUCAAGAUGGUGGCUGAUCGCACCUACCAACUGGACAUUAUCCUGCAGCGUACCAGUAUUGAGAUGACUGUGGACAAUUGCCGGCUGUCCACCUGCCAGACACUAGGCGCCCCCAUCGGCCCCAAUGAGUUCCUCAAUGUGAACGCACCGCUGCAGUUGGGCGGCACUCCGGUGGACCUGGAGCAACUGGGACGGCAGCUCAAUUGGACGCACGUACCAAACCAGAAGGGCUUCUUCGGAUGCAUUCGCAACCUGACGAUUAACGAGCAGACUUACAACUUGGGAAUGCCCUCCGUGUUCCGAAACAUCGACAGCGGCUGCCAGCAGUCCGUGGCCGUGGCGUUCAGUUUUGGAAUAGAUAGAAACUUCAUCAUCGCGAUCAUCGUAUGUCUCGCGCUGCUGCUGAUCAUCCUGUUGGCAGUGGUGGUGCAGAAGAAGCAGAAGAACGGCUGGCACGAGAAGGACAUCGACGACAUCCGCGAGACGAUCAUCAACUACGAGGACGAGGGUGGCGGCGAGAGGGAUACGGACUAUGACCUGAAUGUUCUGCGCACCCAGCCCUUCUACGAGGAGAAGCUAUACAAAGAUCCUCAUGCGUUACAGGGGAACAUGCGCGACCCCAACGACAUACCCGACAUCGCCGACUUCCUGGGCGACAAGAAGGAGAACUGCGACCGGGAUGUGGGCGCCACAACCGUGGACGAUGUGCGGCACUACGCGUACGAGGGUGACGGCAACUCCGAUGGCAGCCUGUCCAGUCUGGCGUCCUGCACCGAUGACGGCGAUCUCAACUUCGACUACCUGUCCAACUUUGGACCGCGCUUCCGUAAACUGGCCGACAUGUACGGCGAGGAGCCCUCAGACACCGACUCCAACGUGGACGACGACCAGGGCUGGCGCAUCUAGGAAUCUUCGCCAGCCGCGGUAUGAUGACGUAGAAAUGCAAAAGACUUUUUAUAUACUAAGAGUUGUACGGAUGUUGAAAGUGUCGGGACAAGGCGUCGGCCUAGCCGGCGCCAAAGUCGAUUCAGAGAUAUGUAUAUACCCACGUAUAUGGGUAACUAUAUAUUAUAUAUAUAUAUAUAUAUUUUUAUGGAGGAAUAUUGCAAGGGCCCUGGGGAAGACGUUUUUGUUUUUUGUUGUGUAAAUGCAAAAAGUGAUCUUGAUCUUACGUAAACAAACUAUUUAAGCUAAA